AGACGAGUUGAUUGCAUCAAAGAAUUUUUAGAAUCUGAUUUAUUGUGACUGAUUAUUAAUGAAGUGUGCUUAUAUCACUGUUAUAUCAGUAAAGAAAUAUCCGUAUUAAAGGUUUACAGACUGUUGAUCAAACAAUGUGCAUUUGCUGUGGGAUUUCUGUCUAGUACAUAUCUUGAAACACGAAACCAUAUUUUGUUAGUGUGAGAUUCAGAAAUACUGAACUUGACGGAAAGGAGACGGUGUUCAAAUAUAGGCGCGAUGGUGCUCAUACACAAGAAGAUAUUCCGAGAAGAUCGGCUCCUACAAAUUGCCCUGGCGUUGUCUGUGCUAAGGAUGGUGCCCGAUUUGAUUCAAUCUGCACCGCCCUUGUCUUCGUUGGAGCAUAAUCCUAUGUUUGAGCAGCACGCUGACAUCAUGGACUACUUCGGCAUCACCAGAGACCAAGUCUUGCAUCACUUAUCUCACGAGCUUCUUGCUCGACUUCAUCACGACGAACUACAGAACCUUCUUAACUCUGCCAACAUUCAUCACCCGGAUUAUGGAGAAACAUCUUUUGAACACUUGCAUCACCAGCAGUUUGAUCUUGGUGACACGAUGGGACAAAGUCCUUGGCGUCAUCAUUCCCGCAUUUCCAGGCAUCUCGAUGGUCCAUCUUACGACUGGAACGUGCCUGAGAUUUUGCCCAGUGUGUCCCUGAAAGAGAGGGAGGCUGUGAUGGAAAGACUCAUGGCUCUGGCUGAUGGUAACGCCAACGCCCGACUCAACGGUUUGGUGAGUGGCCGUCGUGUACCCAUUCUUGAAACAACCUCUCAGCGACAGGGUCCCAAUAGUGAGCUAGUGCCUUCACCGAGCAAAGGCGACGCAAUACCUACUGAAGACAUUAAUGUUGGAGAAGAGAAUCAAAGAUGCGUGCAGCGCCGAGCAGAAUCUUUCAACAUCCAAGCAUACAUGCUGGUAGGACAGACUACUGUCAUUCCUAACAGCACAUCAGCGAACGGCUCACGAGACGUAUUGCGUCCUCUCACGAACCCCACACCUCCUUCUUCUGCGCCAGCAUCUCCUCCACCUUCUUCUGCGCAACCAGCUACUCCAACGUUACCGGAUCAUUCCACUCCACCGUUAUCGCCCUUGCCUCAUGCCCACUCCUCUGAGGACUUUUCUUCUUCUUCCUUGGAUAACACUGCUGCUGCAUCCCAUCCUGCAUCUUCUCGUUUCAUUCGAAAUUUCCCGCUCCUGGGCCUGUCCACGACUGGCCUGCGCGUGAACGAAGGACUGCUUUUGCCUGCAUUGCAGGCCGCUCUGCCCUACAUCGACGAGUUCACCAUCGAGGAGCGGGCCGUGUUGCAGGCGCUAUGGAUGCAGGAUCAGGACCUGGGUGUGCCGUGGGACAUCUACGAGGAACCCGAGCCUCCUCUCCUGCAGCAGGAGGAGGUGCAGGAGUUGCCGCUCAAGGGGUUACUCGUGAAAGGCGAGACGCUGUUGUCGAGAGGAGCCUUGGACGCGUCAGGAGACUACACCGCUACUGGCGGUGGCGGGGGCGGGGGCGGUCAGCCUGAGGGUGACGCGAGCGGCUACAGCGGUGAAGACAGAGAGGGCGCUUGGACCAGUCUUAACUUCACCCUAGACGCCGAGACAGGUGAACACUUCCGAUUGUUCGACUGUGAUAUCCGUGAAGAGUUCAAGCCUGAAUACCAUCACACAUCUCCCUCCGUCGUCUCAUCUGAAUCAUUAUCCAAGCACGAACUAAAGGAAGAGCUCGUCUCAGACGAGGGUCUUGAAGAUAUCUGUCGUCCCUCUCGCAACGAACCCUCAUCUCAGUACUCAGAGUAUGACCACUUGCUAUCUGAACCUACUUGCCAAGUUGGACAAAAAGGGCAAAAGUCAGACAAAUUCACAACUAAGGACCUUUUUCAUGAAGCAGCCGAAGCUCUCCUGUUAGAUACUCUGCCAUCGGGAACGAGAUUGCCUGAAGGCUUCUUGCCUCUCGCGAACUGUGCAGAUUCGCGGCCUACUGCGGGUCCUGUUUCCUCUCUUUCUUCAGAGAUUAAAAUCGAGGAACCCUUUUCUUAUGACCCUGCUGGAAAUUUAGUUCAGGCGUUAGCCAAUGCUGACACUCUGAGAGACUCUGCAGCGCUCAACAUCUCUUCUGUUGACAUUGAAAACCUUUCUUCGAUCCUCAGCAGUGAAGACACGGAUGCCAUUAAUGCACUGAUCCAAGACAUUCCUCAGGAGCUCGACGUUGAUGGUCUCUUCAAUAGAAGUGACCUCAAUUUCAGCCUCGACGAAUUCAGCUUCGAGGGCUUUCCCGAGGAGCUACAAGUGGUUAAUGAUAGCGGACGGCAGACCGAGACAAUUAAAGUGGAGAAUACAUCCAACGCCCAAAGCUCUCUUCCUGGUUAUUCCCCCUUCUUUUCGCUCGGUGCUGCAAACGACGACGAGUCGCAAAGCUACAAACGACGUCGUUUGUUCGACCAUUUUGAAAACUUUGCUUCUGAGGAUCCCAGAACUCGCAUCCGACGUCCCUCAUCGUCAGCCAGCAGCGGUCACGGCACUUUGAGUGACGACUCGGACGGAGUUGCGACCCCAACUGCUUCGUCCGCUGCUGUUCUGGACAACUUUGACCUCUUCUCAAGCACUAGUAAUAACAGUGGCAUUAUUGAGAGCUCCGGAGACCUGCCUGACUUAGGCAUCGGAGCUGACAGCGUUGACUUGGGAUCUCUGGCUUCCCUCAACUGCCUCAACUCUUCGCUCGAUGAAAUGAUCCAAGCCUCCUACCAGCACAACAGAGCUAUGCAGGGCCGUAUGGGCGGGAUGCUGCGCGGCGGCUCCAUGGACCAGCGCUGGCAGGACCUCGCGUCGCUGCUGAGCCUCCCGUCCUCAGGGGAGGGGGCCACAUCCCCUACCCUGCACCAUCCUCCCCCUGUUGGUCCCCCCACAUCUACCGCCAUGACCACCCAUCACCACCAUCAUCACCAUCACCACCAUCCUCCUCCUCCCAACCAUCUUCUUCACCAGCCAGCUCCACUCAUGACACCGUCUCAUCACUCUGGUCCACCACCACCUCCACCACCACCACCCCACCAACAGCAGCCUCCCACCAUCCACCACCCCCACGCCCUCUACCCUGCACAUGAUGUGGUGGGGGGCGGCAGUCUGGCCAGGGGGGGGCUACUGCACAACGCUGCCUUGCCCCCCGACCCCAACACCCACGACAUCACCUACGCCAACUCCAUGGGCGCCACAAGUCACCUGGGUGCCAGCGGCAGCAACACCCAGACCCCGGAGCACCUGGGUGACCAUCAUCACCACCAUCAUCACCCACACCAUCAUCAGCAUCACCAGUACAAAAUGGAGACAUCAUCGCCAUCAUCCUCCCUCAUACCAGCACCUCCCGCUCCACCCGCUCUCCCCCACGACAUGCUCUACUAUCAGUCGAGCGGCGGCGGCGGCGGGGGUAGUUCUGAACUAGCAAGUACAGGCGGUGGCCACCCGCAUCCAUCAACAGGAGCACAGCACGGUGAUGGAUUCUUGUCCUCCAUCCUUGGAGAAGACGACCUGCAUCUAAUGGACAUGGCUAUAGCGUCUGAUUACCCACGUGUAAGUGGUCACCCCGCAAGCACUAGUGGUGGCAGCGGGGUGCUGUCCCCCCACGGACUCCUUGGGUCCUCAGGGGGGGACUAUGCUAACAACGCAGCGUACAGGGGCUGGAGUCUCAGUCCCGACGACCAGCAGCGGCUCGCCGCCCCCGUGGCGCAGAAGAAACAUCACAUGUUCGGCAAGCGCUACUUCCAGGACGGCCCGCCUGAGGUGCCUCCGCAUCACGGCAGCAACCGCAGCAGCCUUGUGGGCAACAACAGUCAUUACCCCACCCCCUACCAACAACCCCCCAGCGCCAUGGAUACAACCCCCGCCCCCUCCUCACACAUCCCUGACCCCAUGGAGCUCAAGUAUUCCUGCUCCAUGGACUUCAGGGGACACCAUGAAGUAUCAUCUUCACUGGAGCACAUCCAUCAUAACCACACAUACCACAUGUCACCUGAGGGGCCAUCUGGACUGCCUCGGCCAUCACAGAGAGACCCUAAUAAAAGUAAAGCCCGUAAGCCUGAACCCGAACGUGCCUUAACCCGUGAUGAAAAACGAGCUCGAGCUCUGAACCUGCCCAUCUCAUGUGAUGACAUAAUCCACUUACCAAUGGAUGAGUUCAAUGAAAGGAUCUCUAAGUAUGACCUCACCGAGAAUCAGCUCUCACUCAUCAGAGAUAUCAGAAGAAGAGGGAAGAAUAAGGUGGCUGCUCAGAAUUGCCGUAAACGUAAAUUGGAUCAGAUCAUGCAUUUAGCUGAGGAAGUUAAAGUGAUACAGAGUCGCAAGAAUGAACUCAUAUCCCAGUAUGAGUUUCUAAGUGGGGAGAGACUUCGAGUCAAGCAUAAAUUCUCUCUUCUUUAUAGACACAUAUUCCAGCACCUGCGAGAUAGCGAGGGUCAGCCAUAUUCGCCACACGACUAUAACCUGCAACAGUCAGCUGACGGCAGUGUACUCCUGGUGCCCAAGUCCGCUCCUCACCUGCCCCUGGACCCUGGUCUGCCUCCUAUUCCAACCAAUUCCAGUAAACAGGAUGACGACCCUAGCAAAGGCCGGCCAUCUCAUCAGCAACCUCCUCACCAACAUCACAAUCCUCAUUGACGAUAUCAUUAAUGCUCUUGCUAACAACAUUAGAAUUAAUAUACUUACGAGUUGUGCUAUUUUUUAAAAGACUUCAACAUUAUUCGUUUUGUUGGUCAGUUUAGUCAAGUAUUUCCAAUUAGAUCGUCCAAUGUUGCAAUUCCGACGGAGUGGUGUCAUUUUCCUCCUGAGACCAUUUGGCUUUAUUCCAGUAGCUCUCUGGCUUUAUAUAAGGUGGUAUUAUGUUUAUUAUUUUUGUGCAUUGAGUUCUGAUUAAGUAAGGCUGUAUCAGCCCGAUGCUCGUGAGGUACGUAAGAAACUUUCAAGUUCAUUUUCGCGCCUUUUACAUUGCAUCAGCUCUGCGGCCAAUUGUUAACUUCUUGUUACAGUUAUUAGUUAUUUAAAAGUGUGCAUGACAACUUCAUCUGUAUAGUGACCUGGUACCAUUACAAUUGCGAGUCUUUAUGUUUUAGAAUAAUGACGAAAAGAAGCUACGCAGCUUCUCGAUAUUGUACAUUUAAUCAUAUGUAUGUUUCUUGCAGCAUGUCGGAACAUGUGUUUCUUCGUGUCGGCGAACUGUAUCUUUAUGACAAGGUGUUCCUGACUAUCAGAAUUGGUUUUCUUUAGCAAUUCUAAAGCGAGUUCAAAUAUCAGGAGCAUCAUAUUGAUCCACUUAUGACUUAUAUAAUACAAAUGCUAUCUGUGGAGGUGGCUGUGCAUAGUGUAAAUAUUGAAGUAGUUUCUUCCUCUAGACUGUUACUUGUAUAUCUUGGACAAGUUGGAUUAUGUGAACGUGCCUUCAUGCGAGGUGAUUGCCCGCUGCUCUUGAUGGUCUCUUCGUGGAAUAUUAGCUUAAUUUUCCUUGAAAAUGUUCUCCCUAUAUGAUAUCUGACACUCAGCUUAAGAAAAUAACUUGGAAUUGGAAACCCGCUGGUGUCUAGCAUUUUUUCAAAAUUAUUUUAAAAUAAUUUCUCAACUUUCCCAAUGAUGUUAUAUGGACUUUUCUCCAUUUUCAGAUAACGAAAAAUUGAGUAUUUGAUGUAUUAAGUACUACAAUUUUUGUAACAUUUUUUGUCAUUGUUCGAAAUCUGUGAUAAAUAGGAAGUUUUGUGCUCAAUGGUUCAGUUUGAUCUAUCAGCUUUACUCUUUACUUCGUGCCUGAUUGCUCAUUUUCGUGUCUUUUUUUUUAUGUUCGAGUCUCACGCAUUAACACAAUUAAAAAAAAAAAACUUCUGAAGUU